AUGCACAGAUUUACGGAGAAGCAAAUGGAUGACAUUGUAGUUGCUCACCGCGAAGCAAAAGAUUGGUCAGACUGGAUUGCUCUGGGCACCGUCCGCUUGCUGCGGUGGGGAACAGAUUUGUGUACUGGCUACCGCCAUGAUAAGGAAGUGUCCAAGAGCGAGACAGCUGCGGCUGCCGCCGUUGAAAAGCCUCCCAAAUUUACCAUGAACGAGCGGAAAUGGUUGAUCAGAUUCAUCUUCCUGGAGAGCGUUGCUGGUGUUCCUGGAAUGGUUGGAGGAAUGCUCCGUCAUCUCCGCAGUAUGCGGAAGCUCCGACGAGACAAUGGAUGGAUCGAAACGCUCCUUGAAGAAGCCUACAAUGAGCGUAUGCAUCUUCUUACCUUCCUCAAAAUGGCCGAGCCAGGCUGGUUCAUGCGCAUCAUGGUCCUCGGAGCGCAGGGUGUCUUCUUCAACGGGUUCUUCUUUGCGUACCUCAUCUCGCCGCGCAUCUGCCACCGGUUUGUCGGAUACCUCGAGGAAGAGGCUGUGCUCACGUACUCGCGAGCUAUUGCCGACAUUGAGGCUGGAAAGCUUCCAAAGUGGACAAAUAUGCCUGCGCCUGAUAUUGCAGUGGGCUAUUGGAAGAUGCCUGAGGGCAGUCAGACUGUAAAGGACCUGCUGAUGUAUGUGCGCGCCGAUGAGGCCAAGCACCGCGAAGUCAACCACACUCUUGGCAAUCUCGAUCAGAAUGAGGAUCCCAAUCCUUUCAACAGCAAUUACUAUAAUCCAGAGAAACCGCACCCAACAAAGAGCAUCACUCAUAUGAGGCCCACUGGAUGGGAGCGUGAUGAAGUCAUUUGA